AUGGCUGCUGAAGUGGUGGGUGGAGCUUACCUCUCCGUUUCCCUUCAGGAGCUGUGUCGCAGGAUGCCAUUCUUCAUCGACUUCGUCCAUAGAAACAAAGUCAACGAUGGGCUGGUCAAGAAGUUGGAGACGAUGUUAUGGUCAGUUAAUGGAGUACUGAAUGAUGCAGAGGCUAAACAGAUCAAAAACCCAAAUGUGAGACAGUGGCUUGAUAAGCUCAAAGACACAAUCUACGAUGCAGAGGACUUGGUGUUUGAGAUUAAGCCUGACGCAUUUCAAGGUCAAGGUCAAGAUCAGUCUAGAAGCAGCAUAGUGUUCAAGGUACGCAACUUUUUCCCAUCUAGAAUCACUUGUAAGAAAUUAGAAGAAAGGAUAAGGGAAAUCCUUGAGAUGCUAGAAUAUACUGUUGGACAGAAAGAUAUUCUUGGUUUGAGAGAAGGUGUUGAAACCAGGAAUUUCCGCAGAUCAUGUGAAACUAUACUGGUUGAAGGACGUAAUAUUUAUGGAAGGGAUGAUGAUAAGUUGGCCAUUUUUAACUUGUUGGUGUCUGAUGUUGUAGAAAGUGGUGAUAAACUAUGUGUAAUUCCCAUUGUGGGCAUGGUGUCUGAUGAAUCUAAUGUUUUCACAUUGACGAAAACGAUUUAUGAGAGAGUCACCGGCUCGAAAAAUUGUUAUAUUGAGGAAACUUUUGAACUUCAACUUGAACUGAAGAAGUUUUUGGAAAGAAAAAGAGUUCUUCUUGUUCUGGAUGAUGUCUGGAAUUUGAAUUCUAAAAACUGGGGUGAGUUAAAGAGUCCAUUGGAAUCUGCAGCAUCUGGAAGCAAGAUUGUUGUGACGACACGCAAUAAAAGCAUUGCAGCAAAGAUGGGUACCGUCCCAAAUCAUUCCCUACAAUUAUUAUCAGAAGAAGAUUGUUGGCAGUUAUUUUCAAAACAGGCCUUCAAUAAUGUGGAGCCAAGUGCAUAUCCAAAGUUGAACGAAAUUGGUAUACAAAUUGUUAAGAAAUGUAAAGGUCUUCCAUUGGCAGUAAAAUCACUUGCUGGUCUUCUAAAUACCGAACUAAAUCCCAGGAAAUGGAAAAAUGUAUUGCAGAAUGAGAUAUGGGAUUUACCUCAAGAAGAGUGCAAAAUUCUUCCAGCUCUUUGGCUGAGUUACUAUUAUUUACCUCCACAUUUAAAACAGUGUUUUGCUUACUGUUCAAUUUUUCCCAAAGGAUAUGAAUUUCAAAAAGAGAUAUUGGUUUUUUUAUGGAUGGCAGAAGACCUUUUACUACCCCAAAAUAAUAAGACGCUAGAAGAAGUUGGAGAGGAGUACUUUGAUGAUCUAGCAUCAAGGUCAUUAUUUCAGAAAAUUAGUACUUGUGGUUUUACCAUGCAUGAUCUUUUGAAUGAUUUGGCUACAUUUGUAGCAGGUGAAUCUUGUUUGAGGUUUAAUGAUAAUUACUCAAAAGUCCCUUUAAACAAGAUUCGUCAUUUGUCAUGGAAGGCGUAUAAGAUUCGUGAUAUGAGGAAAUUAAAGGAUUUAUCUGAAAAUAAAGUACUUCGUACUCUGCUGCAUCUGGAUAAAGGGAAUGAAGUGAAUGAAAGAUUCUUGAUACAUCAUAAAAGGUUGGAAAAAUUUCAAUGCUUAAGAGUGCUUUCUUUGCAUCGAGUUGUUGCUGACAUGAAGUUGCUUGAUUCAAUUGGCAAAAUGAAGCUUCUAAGUAAUCUUAGUCGAUUGCCUGAUUCAAUUGCCAAUUUGAAGCAUCUAAGACACUUGGACUUAUCUAACACAGAAGUUGGAGAGAUUCCCGAUACAGUUUGUAAUUUGCACAGUUUGCAUACUCUGUUAUUGGGAUCUUGCAGAAAGCUUACUCAUUUACCAACCAAUAUUGAAAAGUUGAUUAACUUGCGUCGCUUGGAUAUUAGUGAUACAUCUUUAAGAGAGACACCACUGCAAAUAUCCAGCUUGAGAAAUUUGGAAAUAUUAAGUGAUUUUGUUGUAGGCACGAACAGUGGAUCUAGUAUUAAAAUGUUGGGUGAGCUUCAAGAUCUGCGUGGUAAUCUUAGUAUUAGAAGCCUUGAAAAGGUAGAAAAUGUUGAUGAUGUUUUGGAAGCUAAUUUGAAAGAUAAUAAAUGUAUUACUGAUCUGAGUUUGGAAUGGGGUGAUAAUAAUGACUCACAGAAAGCCCGAGAGGUACUUAACAGACUUCAACCACAAACAGAUCUUGAGCGACUAUCUAUUAUAAAUUAUGGAGGUAUUAACUUCUCAGAUUGGAUAGGAGACCCUUCAUUUUCCCGUAUAGAAUUCAUGUGGCUAAGUAAAUGUAAAAAAUGUCACAAUUUACCACCACUUGGACAGAUACCAUCCUUGAAAUACCUUACCGUUGAUGGAUUUGAUAUGGUGGAGAAAAUAGGUGAUGAAUUCUAUACCAGCGGUUUGUCUCCAGUGGCUAGACCAUUUAAGUCUUUAGAAACAUUGAGUUUCAAAUGUAUGCCUCAGUGGAAGGAGUGGUCAUGUCCGGAAGGUGAAGUUUUUGCACAGCUCAAGGAACUUAAUUUAAUGGAUUGUCCAUCCUUGACUUUAAAUGAGGUCUACUUCCCUGAUACUCUGCGAUCCUUGACAUGUCUUUGCAUCAUGAAAUGUCAACAACAAGUGGUGGCUGCACUUCUAAGUAAACAACUUCCAUCACUUUGUUCCUUGCGCAUACGUGAUUAUCCAGAAUUGGUGUCAUUUCCAGAGAGAAGAAUGCCUACUAGGAUACAUACGAUUCAACUCUUUGGAUGCACAAACCUGGAAUCUUUUUUGGAUGAGGGAUGGCCUUCAAAUUUGAAAUCACUUUCAAUUGGUGGUUGUGGGAAGCUCUUCAUGGUUCGCAUGCAGUGGAAUCUGCAAAGACUUACAUCUCUUACAUCUUUAGACUUCAACUGCAUAGAUGAAGUGAUGAAUUCAUUUCCAGAGGAAGGGCAAAUUCCGUUGACACUGACUUCUCUCAAGCUGUCUAAACUUAAUAAACUUAGAUCCCUAAAUGGCAUGGCCUUUAGACAACUCACCUCCCUAAGAGACUUGAGUAUUUACUAUUGUGAUCAGCUCAGUUGCUUACCAGAAGAAGGAUUUCCUGCUUCUCUCUCUCAGUUGGAUAUCCUUUCUUGCCGUUUGCUAAAUGAACGGUGCCAAAGAGAUACAGGGCAAGAUUGGUCCAAGAUUGCUCGUAUCUCUCGCAUACGCAUAAAUAAUGAGUACAUAUGA